AUGGUUCAAAGUAAUGGUCAUACAAAUGGCAUUGUGACACAUGAUAAAAUUAAAAAUUCUCUAUCAGUAUCAGAUAAAUGUGAAACUACAACUAAAGUUUCAUCACAUCGUAACAUACGUUUGUAUCUAUCAUUAACUAUCGGUUCACUUGGAAUUAUAUUUGGUGAUAUUGGUACAAGUCCAUUGUAUGUUAUUCGUACAAUUUUUGCUGAAAAUCUUCAUCCAACACGAGAACAAUGUAUUGGUGCUGUAUCAUUAAUUAUAUGGAAUUUAAUUAUUGUUGUAUCAAUAAAAUAUGGUAUUUUUAUUUUAAUGGCUGAUAAUCGUGGUGAAGGUGGAACAUUUGCUCUAUGUGGUCUAUUAACAGGUGAACAUAGUCAAUUACGUGCUCGUGCUAAACAUGUUAUUAGUAUAGUUUCAAUAUUUGCUGCUUCACUUUUAAUUGGUGAUGGUGCACUUACACCAGCUAUUAGUGUUCUAUCAGCUGUUGAAGGUUUAGCAACAACUUCUGCCGCAUUAACUAAAUGGGUUUUACCAGUAACAAUUUUGAUAAUUAUAAUUCUUUUCUUUGUACAAAUGUUUGGUACAUCAAAAAUUGGUUUAACAUUUGCACCAAUUAUGAUCAUUUGGUUUUUUGUCCUAUUUUCAAUUGGUAUAUGGCGUAUUACAUUUGAUCCAGCCAUACUUCGAGCAUUUAAUCCUUGGGAGGCUAUAAAUUAUUUAAUUCGAGAAAAACAAAAAGGAUUUAUGCAAAUUGGUGGUGUUUUUUUGUCAGUAACAGGUCUUGAAGCACUUUAUGCUGAUUUAGGUCAUUUUGGUCGAUGGCCAAUUCGAACUAGUUGGUUAUGUGUUGUAUUACCAUCUGUAAUGUUUAAUUAUCUUGGUCAAGGAGCAUUAAUUAUGCAACAUCCUGAAUUAAUUACGAAUCCAUUCUACAAUGCUGGUCCAUCAUGGUUUCGAUGGCCUUUAAUUAUUCUUGCAACAAUGGCUACAAUUAUUGCUUCUCAAGCAAUUAUUACUGGUGUUUUCUCAUUAAUAAGUCAAGCAGCAUCACUUGGUUAUUCACCACCAUUACGUGUUAUACAUACAAAUGGUGUAACAGUCUGUUCAGAUAUGUUGAUAACAUCAAUACUUUAUAUGUGUGUUAUGCGUUAUGUAUGGAAUAAUCAUUGGAUACGUGUUAUUCUUUUUGGAACAUUUCUUAUUUUUGAUAUUACUUUUCUUUCAGCAAAUGUAAUUAAAUUUUUUGAAGGUGCUUGGGUAGCUUUAUUAAUUGCUAUAAUAUUUUUUAUUCUUGGUUUUUCUUGGUAUUAUGGUCAAACAUUACUUCGUAGAUAUCUUAAUUGUUAUGCACAAACAACAACACUUCCUCAAUUACCAAUUCGUCUUGGCUUUUCAAAUGUAACUGAUAAAUUGUUAGAUGAAACAAAACAUGAACAACUUAAACGAUCAGGAAGUUUAUUAAUUGAUUAUCAAACAGCAAGUAGUGAUGAAGAAGAUGAACUCAAAACAGAAUCAAUGAUACAUAUACUUCCACCAUCAUUAUCAUCAACGAAUAAUAAUAAUGAUGAAAAUCAUUUACCAUUUAUUGAUGAAGCAGAUAAAAACAUGUUUCUUAAAAGUCCAUUGGGUAAUCUUGUCUUUACAGUUACACCAGGUCUUGGUGUUUUUCUAACAACAUCAACAAGACAUACACCACAUGUAUUUGAACGUGUAUUAGAACGUAUUCAUGCACUUCCACAAGUGGCAAUCUUUCUUAAAUUAGAAUAUGCACGAAUACCAAUUGUUGAUAUGAGUCAUAGAUUAAAAAUUGACAAAUAUGGUUCAGAUGAACGACCUUUUUAUCAUCUUAUGGCACGUUAUGGAUAUUCGGAACAUAAAAUUCAUUUAUUGGAUAUUUUGCAAUUAGCUGCUACGGAACAUGGUCUACCAAUUCCUGAUGGUCGUAAUAUAACAUUUUUCAUUCCGGCAAUCACUAUUCGUGUUGUACGUAAAGGAUGGCGUGCUUUACCUAGUAAAUUGAUAUUACUUAUCUAUUCAUUAUUAAAAAGUAUAUAUCCAUAUGGUCAAAAAAAUUUAAUACUUUCACCUGAUCAUACAGUUAGUGUUGGCAUGGUUGUACCAUUGUAA